GCUCGGGUCCUGCGGGGCUCCGGCAUUCCCGGCCGAGGGCGCACCGCCUCCCAUGCGCCGGGGGCCGCGCGGCUCUCAGCCCUCUCGCCCCCGAGAGCGCCUCGUCGCGGGGCGCCCGGACGGGACGCCGGCGCGGAGCGGAUUUGUGUGUGAUUGUCAUUGUGCUGUACCACAGUGAAGAGGUAUUUUUCACUUCAAGAUACCUUACGUUAAAAGAUCAUGGUAGACAGUUUAAUAGUUUCUUUGAGACUUCUCAGUUCCCUAGCAGUGCUGGGAUUUCAGCUUGUCAUCCCACAGCCUUCAAUUGAACACAGAAAGGUUCCGCAGAGGAUAGAGGAGCACGGCGAUGGCGCCGAGGACGGCGGCGGCGGAGUGCCGGGGCUGUGGGGCAGCUGGGGCCCCUGGUCCGCCUGCUCGCGGAGCUGCAGCGGCGGCGUCAUGGAGCAGACACGGCCCUGCCUGCCCGCCUAUUACCGGGAGCGCGGCUACCGCCGCCCGGGCCGCCACUUCCCGGCCUCCGACCGCGCCCUGGCCCACCCGGGCGCCCACCACGAGGACUCGCUGUCCGCCUACCCCGGGCACGUCAUCUCCGCCAUCCGCACCUCCGUGCCGCUGCACCGCAACGAGGAGCAGCCGUGGGCCGCGCCGCGGAACAGCAGCGGCCAGGGCGGCCGGGCGGCGCUGAGGGGCAGCCGGCACUCGCAGGGCCCGCGGCACAGCGCCAGGCCCGACAGCAGAAGCAGAAACAGAAAUCCUAUUGGUCCAGGAAAGUAUGGCUAUGGGAAGGUGCCAUACAUUUUGCCUUUACAAACUGACACUGGCCAGCAGCCUCAGAAGCUGCGGCGGCAGCGACAGUCGUCAAGGAGCCACCUGUACCACCAGAGCCCGAGCCUCGUGAGCCCCUACAGCCAGGCUGCUGCUCCUUCCCUGCAGCAUGGCAACCUUUACCAAGAGCCAGGGGGGCCUCAGGCAGGACACCAAGUCCUGGGGCCCUCGGUUUAUCAGUCCCCUUCGUUCCCUGUGUCUCAGAGCCUGUUCCACGGCGGCGACUCCGGCCCUCAGGCCCUGCAGGGCCAGCCCCAGCCCCAGAGGGCUGCAGCCAUCGUCUGCAUUGGUGCCUACAAGCAAUACAAACUCUGCAACACAAAUUGAAGGGGAGUCAGAAGUGCGAGCUGAACUGCCGGGCCAUCGGCUACCGCUUCUACGUGCGCCAGGCGGAGACGGUGAUCGACGGCACGCCCUGCGACCCCAACGGGACAGCCAUCUGCGUGGCAGGGCAGUGC